AUGUGUAGGCGGUGACAGAAAAAGACGGAAGGAUUGGUGGUGCUGAUAGAAAAGAAAAGAAAAGAAAAGAAAAAAAAAACAUGCUUGAUUCAGGAAACUUUCAGCCAAAGAGAGAAGAAUGUCUUUCUGCAGCUCUCCAGGACUCAGGCAAAAUAAAUCUGGCCGCCUCUCCGUCUGCAGGCUCAGACAAACCGGCGCAGGCAGCCGCCAUGGCCUCGUCUUCGAAGCUCAAGUACCUGUCUCUGGGGGUGCUGGUGCUGCAGACCACCUCGCUGGUGCUCACCAUGCGCUACUCUCGCACCCUGAAGGAGGAAGGACCCCAGUACCUGGCCUCCUCUGCCGUGGUGUCUGCCGAAGUCCUCAAAAUAAUCACCUGCACCGUCCUGGUCUUCAAGGACAACAAUUACAGCUUGAGAGGAAUGAAACAGCUGUUGAAGGAGCAGAUCGUGAACAAACCGCUGGAGACACUGAAGCUCGCCGUUCCUGCGGGAAUCUACACCCUGCAGAACAACCUGCUCUACGUCGCCUUGUCAAACCUGGAUGCAGCCACCUAUCAGGUCACGUAUCAGCUGAAAAUCCUCACCACGGCGAUAUUUUCCGUGACCAUGCUGGGGCGGCGGCUGGGCUGCCACCAGUGGCUCUCGCUCCUGCUGCUCAUGACGGGGGUCGCUCUAGUUCAGUGGCCCACCACGUCUGGGGAGGAAUCCGAGGAGAAGAUCCUCUCUUCCAGCUCGCAGUUCGUGGGCCUGAUGGCGGUGCUGACGGCCUGCGUGUCCAGCGGCUUCGCUGGCGUUUACUUCGAGAAGAUCCUCAAGGAGACCAAGCAGAGCGUGUGGCUUCGCAACAUUCAGCUGGGUUUGUUCAGCUUCGUGUUUGGCUUCAUCGGGAUGAUGGUGUACGACAUCCAGAGAGUGAGGGAGUCUGGGAUCUUUCAGGGCUACAACCGUAUUACCUGGACUGUUGUCACCUUGCAGGCUCUGGGUGGUCUGGUUGUUGCAGUUGUUAUUAAAUAUGCAGACAACAUCCUCAAAGGCUUUGCUGCCUCCUUGUCCAUCAUCCUGUCCACGCUCAUCUCAUAUUUCCUGUUGAAAGACUUCACUCCCACCGGGUUGUUUUUCAUCGGGGCAGUGCUGGUUAUUGCUGCUACGUUCAUUUACGGCUAUAAGCCUGGAAACUCCGCCACGGUCAAAGUGUAGCGAGACACAUUUAUGAACUGUGCCACACACACACACACACACACACACACACACACACACACACACUACCUUAGUGAAACCCCGUCGACGGAGCAGGACUCUGUGAAUGUGAUGCCACCCAUCACGGCUCGGCUGUGACUGCAGGUUUGCUACAGCGAUGGACAACGUGCUCGCUGGUUUCUAAUGAAUCGCUGACUAGAGGGGCGAGGCCGACUGGCCAUGUGAUCACACUCAGGUACGCUGAGAGAACCGUGCAAUUUAAAGGCACGACUAAGGGAAGGUUAUGAUGAAGCCAACAUCAUAGGGAAGUAGAAAAAUGUUUAGCGUAAUAUUUAAAUUUUGUAUUUAUGGGAUGUAGGAUGCUGGAAAUGGGGAUAUAAUUACAAGACAAUAUUGGUUAUUUAUGGUGCUGAAAGGCUGACUUCUGAAAAGGAGGAACCAAUGACAGAGCUUCCAUCUAGUGGUGGAAUAAGGAGCGAACUUGCUGCAGUAAGGAGGGGCUACCUCUGUCCAAAGAUGCUGAAUGUCCUUUUUAUGCAAGAUGAGAUAAGAUCUCAUACAAAAGACAUACGGCUGCUUCGACCUUGCUCAUCGCAGCCUGACUGUUUGUAUCAAGGGUACUCCCUCUGUCGUUAUUUAAAUGCAAAGUAAAGGUCUUUAUGUAAGAACAAAUGAAUAAAUUAAAGCAUCUUCUGUGCCAAAGCAGCCAACUCUGCCUUGAUCCUUCCUCACAUCAAAGUGCAUGUGUGUGCAUGCAUCUCUGUGUUUCUCUGAGGACCCUCACACACACACAUACUAAUGCAAACACACUGAGCAAGGCACACCCAUGAAUAUUUUCAACUGUUUUUUUUUUUUUUUUUUUUUUUUUUUUUUCCAGCUCCAGUUGCGGUGAAAACCAAAGCAGUCUCUAUAGCAACAGAUGGCUGAGUGAGCCGAGGUGCCGUGACAAACGGAGACACGCUGAAUUCAUAUGACCUAUUUGAACCUCUGGUUAUUUUUCAGUGAUUGUACCAAUACAUUUAUUCAGCAAUAACCCUGAUAAUGCAGAAUUUGAACAGCUGAAGGAAAAACAAACAAACAUGUUUUUCAUGAUGUUUUAGCAAAUAUAGUUUACACUCAGAAAAUUAUUGCAUAGAUGUUGAUUUCUAGUAAUAUUUGUGAGUUUGGUCAUUGCAUUAGUGUGUGUGUGUGUGUGUGUGUGUGGGAUGAGGUGGCUCGGGACGGGAGACGAGAAGCCGGCAUAUGGGAAGGUGAGAUGUGGACCUGGAGAGAAGCACAGAUGGACGGUGCGUCAUGUGACUGGCGUGUGGAGUGGCAGACCGGGACUUGGGACCGAGCCCAUCGUGAGCCACUGGACAGACCACAGCGAUAAAACAAAGGGUGUCUUCAUCUGUGUUUAUCUGCAGAUAUCUGAGGCAGAAUACUCAUGGAGUGAGAAGAUACUGAGGUAUGGCCUCAUCGGACGAGGACGAGUUGAAAUAAAGGAAAAACAACCCUAUUGAGCAUAGAUUUUAAAAGAUUUCUGGAACUUUGUAGUACAGCGUGGCCUGAUUAGAGUCGCAUCCCAUCUACCCCU